AUGACUCGUCACUCUUUUCUGCGUACGCUAUGUACGCUUCCCAUUCUGCUCCCGGGAGCUCUCUCCCACAUGCAGAUGGCAGACCCCUCUCCUCUGCGUGAUCCUCAUAGCAACAGGACCGAUGAACCGAAGGAUUACAACAUCCUAACGCCUCUGCACUCCGACGGCAGCGACUUCACGUGCAAGGGGUAUCAAUGGAAUACACCGCUCACUUCGGUGGCUACGUACGAAGCGGGCCAGACGUAUGAGAUGAAGUUGAGGGGUGGAGCUACGCAUGGUGGUGGCUCGUGCCAGAUUUCGUUAUCUUGUGAUAAUGGGAUUCAUUUUAAGGUGUUGAAGAGUAUCAUGGGAGGAUGUCCGAUCGAGGAUACGUACGAGUUCAGGAUUCCGGAGGAUGUGCAGACCGCGAAGUGUCUUUUGGCGUGGACUUGGUUUAAUAAAGUCGGAAACCGAGAGAUGUACAUGAAUUGCGCGGUGGUCGAUAUUUCAGCUGAGGGUACGAGCGCUGCCGCCCAAGCAGCUUUGGCCCACUUGCCAGACCUCUAUGUCGCGAAUCUUGCCGGGAUCAACGACUGCAAGGUCCAAGAGACUACCGACGCGUUCUUUGUUGACCCUGGGCUUGACGUUGCUUAUGGCGACGGCCUGAGU